AUGGCGACGGAAUCAUCGGAAUCGGAGGAAGAAGGAAAGAUCAUAGGAGGAAACGAUAAGCUAAUUGUAGACGACGAUCUGAGAGAGAUGGGGAAGAACGCCGCUUGGAGUGUUAGCUCUUGCAAGCCUGGCAAUGGCGUCAACACACUCUGCGACGACAAUCUCGAGACCUAUUGGCAAUCAGAUGGUUUACAACCACAUCUGAUUAACAUUCAGUUCCAGAAGAAAGUGAAAUUGCAGUUAGUGGUUCUGUACGUUGACUUUAAGCUUGAUGAGAGCUAUACGCCCAGUAAAAUCUCUAUUCGAGCUGGUGAUGGCUUCCAUAACUUAAAGGAGAUAAAAAGUGUGGAGCUUGUAAAGCCUACUGGUUGGGUUUGCUUAUCUCUCUCUGGAACCGAUCCACGGGAAACUUUUGUCAAUACAUUUAUGUUGCAAAUAGCCAUUUUGUCGAACCAUCUCAAUGGAAGAGAUACUCAUAUCCGCCAGAUCAAAGUUUACGGCCCUAGACCGAACCCUAUUCCGCGCCAGCCAUUUCAAUUUACUUCAAUGGAGUUCCUCACUUAUUCCACGCUGAGAUGA